ACACCAGACCACUCCAAAGUUUUAUCAUAUUUAAGGAAGAUCUAUAAUCCUCAUAAAUAUUUUAAAUAUUCAACUCAAACUCUAUCUGUGUUUAUGGUUUGUUCUAUUAUUUUAUAUAAAGUAACAAUUACUGAGAUUACAUAUGUUGCUCGAUACUAUAACGCUCGCAAGCAAAUUUCAUCUUGGAAAGACGUUAUUCUUAGCAUUCCUGCCAUUCGUGAUUCCUUAAUCGCAGUGUUUAUUCUCAUGUUUUUAUUUGGUGCGAUCUCCCUUCUUCGUUUUAUGGAGAAUCAUAAAAAUAACAUGUUACGAAUGUUUAAAGGCGAUAAGUCCUUCAUUCCAAAAGGAAUAAAAUUUUCACAGUUUAUGAUUGGAAAAUCUUUACAAUAUCAAGGUUUUCAAAUUUGUUAUUUUCUCCGGGGAUAUAAUUUGAAUUUGCUUGUUUUGCUACUUAUUGGUGGAAUAUUUUACUGUCUGAAGAUUACCAUUUUGCGAAAAUGGAAUUUGAAUCAUGUUAUAGGAGCAAGCGUUGUCUUUGCUGUGGGAUUAUUAAUUAAGCUUCCUCUGACUGCUGUGACAAUUUUCCGUGAUCCUGAUUACAAUAAAAAUGUAAUAUCCAUGAACAACAGGAAUGUGUAUUUAGUAUUCUCAUAUUUUUGGUUCUUCAUUGGUCUUCCCAUGGAAAUAUUGUCAGCAUUGUUUCGAAUUCCCAUAGCGAUGAUAAUUGGGCUUAUCUUGUCACCAAGAUUGGAUCGUAGUGUUUUGCCUGAUGGUUUUCAACAAUUUGAUCCUGGUUAUGUUUCGUACAUCGCCUAUCUUCAUGUUCAAGCUGCAUUUAGAAAUCCUGUUUUACGAGUAUUUUGUCAAACAAUUUUUGACAGAAAAAAUGAUAUCCGUCAAUGGAAAUGCUCACCUCAAGCCCGCACCAGGUGGUUCCUUGCCUUAACCUUGACCCGCAAUCCUGAGAUCAUCAGUUAUCGUAAAAAUAAAGAAAAAACUUUGAAUGAUCCAGUUCGCACGAGUUCUUUGAAAAUCAAUUUGCCCAGUUCGGAUGAAACCAACUUAGUUGUGUGAGAUAUAGUUAUAUCCACGACAACAACGUUUUAGUGGGGAAUGUUAACAAUUGUUUGUUUUGUUUUUUAUAUUUACUUUCAUGGUUUGAUAGUUAAGGAGAUUGAAAAUUGAAGUAAUGAUCAACUCACAAUCCUCAGAUCAUCAGUUAUCGUAAAGAUAAAGAAAAAAUUUCCAACGAUAAAGGAAGCGUCAGUUCUGAUAUAGAUAAUUCGUUCGGUUUGGAAAAAACCAAUUUAAUUGUUUGAGUUAUGAUUGUUUGUUUCGUUUGUUAUAGUUCUUUUCAUAUUUACAUAGUUGAGAAGAUGAAUGAAACUAGAAAUGUAAUUUUCAAUUUAAAGUUCAAAUAUGACAGGUACUAGAAUAAAGCGAUAGAGGAAUUUUAUUGCACAGAAAGUCCAUUAAAGUACAAGCAUUUAUUAAAAAAUAGAAAUAAAAACAUUGAAACUGUGAAA